UAAUAAAUUUGGUGACGUUUGAAACGGCACCGAAUCGGCAAGAGAAAUGGGUGCACUAAGGGCACCCCUAUUAUUGCUAAAGCCACUCCACCACCUCCGUCUUUUCGCUUCUCCGUACUCACACUCACUUUCUCCAUCUCCGCCUCUCAUCAAACCCUUGCACUUCCAUUUUUCAAUUAGGUCAAUCACCAAAAUUACGGCAAUGGCCGAUAACUCCGCCUUCGCCGGCAAACACAUCUCGAGUGAUUGGUUCUCAGUGCCGGAGCUCCGGCUCCGGGACCAUAGGUUCACAGUACCUCUCGAUUACUCUAUCGGUGAUAUUGCUUCCCCCAGGAUUACCGUCUUUGCUCGUGAAGUGGUCACUGCUGGGAAGGAAGAACUGCACCUACCUUUUUUACUCUACUUGCAGGGUGGACCUGGUUUUGAGUGCAUGCGACCAUCUGAAUCUGCUGGAUGGAUAAGUAAAGCUUGUGAAGAAUUUCGUGUUAUUCUAAUGGAUCAGCGUGGAACAGGCUUAUCAACCCCUUUAACACCAUCUUCAAUGACUCAAUUUAAAUCCGCUGAGGAUUUGGCCAAAUACUUGACACACUUUCGAGCUGACAACAUAGUUAAUGAUGCUGAAUUCAUUCGCAAAAGGCUCGUUCCAGAUUCUGGUCCAUGGACAGUGUUGGGACAGGUAUAUAUAUUAGCAGAGUCUGAAGGAGGCGGGGUAACACUCCCAUCUGGUGGCAUCUUAACACCACGUGGACUGCAGCUUCUAGGUUUGGCAGGUUUAGGGUCUAGUACUGGUUUUGAACGUUUACACUACUUGUUUGAGAGAGUCUGGGACCCUAUAUUAGUUCCCGGAGCACCAAAGAGAAUUAGCUACUCCUUUCUGAAUGCAUACGAGAGGUGGUUGGAUUUCGACACUAAUCCUCUGUUUGCUAUCAUGCACGAGACAAUAUACUGUCAGGGUGCUUCUUCAAGUUGGUCUGCUCACCGAAUAAAGGCUGAAACCGACAGUCAGUUUGAUGCAGUAAAGGCCGCCAAAGAAGGACGCCCAGUGCUCUUUACUGGAGAGAUGGUAUUUCCAUGGUUUUUUGAUGAAAUUCACGCUUUGAGGCCUUUCAAAGAAGCAGCUCAUUUAUUAGCAGAGAAGAAGGAUUGGCCUCCGCUAUACGAUAUUGCCUCGUUAAAUAACAACAAGGUUCCAGUUGCGGCUGCUGUAUAUUACGAAGACAUGUAUGUUAACUUAAAGAUGGCGAUGGAGACAGCUUCGGAAAUAGCGGGAAUACGAACAUGGGUUACGAAUGAAUACAUGCAUUCCGGUUUGAGAGACUCCGGUGGUCAGGUUAUUGAUCGUUUGCUUGGAAUGCUUAACGGAAAGAAGCCUCUCUUUUGAUUUUUCGACACAUUGAAAUCAAACCAUUGUCUCACUUGUUGGCCUGUUUGGGUGGUAUUAUGGCAGCUUGAAGGAGAGAAGCAUUUAUUUUGUAACAAAUGAGAUAAUAAAUCUUUAAUGAUAUUUAUUUUGAGUAAAUAAUAUUUAUUUUUCCAAUUUA